CACUCACCGCGGACGCCUCCGCCCGGCUGUGCUGCCCCUGCCCCGGCGGCCAGCCGGCCGACCCGCUUCCGCCCCGCCGCUCCCGCUGCCGCGUCUCUAUGAUGGAGCCCGCCAGGCUGACGCCUCGAGCCCUGAGGCAUCGAUGGCUGCAGAGUGUCGAGCACCCGGCAGCCCGGAUCGGCUAUGGCUGCGCCUGCGCGCACUCGAGCUCGCGCCCAACAGCGCCCCCGGCGGCCGGGAGGGGCGGCGGCCUUGCACCGGGGCCAGUGGGCUGGGCUGAGGGCAAGGCUCACUCACCUCAUGAGUUCGCGACCCCGCCCCGCCGCUCCCAGCUGCUGGGGCCCUGGGUUAGGGGGUCGUGGACGAGGAACCAGAGGUCAACCCGGAUUUUGUAAGCAGGCUAUGGCGCCAGGGCCCUGCCGGGAAGUGCAGAGUCGAGGAGGCUGGGGGUGGACUCUCGUGGGGGGCAGGGUGCUUGGUGAGGCAGGAGGACCAAUGGGGACUUCCUGGGCUGGAGGUGGACGGGCGCCGACUUCCUGUGCCAGGCUUCUGGGCGGCACUGGACAGUGGACUUUGCCCCAGGACUUGGCCGUCCUGCCCUGGCCUCCCCCAGUUCCAGCACUGUUACUGCCACCACCAUGCUGACGCCCAGGACUGCACUCCUCUUGACUGUGCUCCUGGCUGGGGGCUCCCUGAGCCAGAGGCCUCGGAGACCCGCUCGGCCCGCGUCCCCCAUCAGCACCAUCCAGCCAAAGGCCAACUUCGAUGCUCAGCAGUUUGCAGGGACGUGGCUCCUUGUGGCCGUGGCCUCCUCAUGCCGCUUCCUGCAGGAGCAGGGCCACCGGGCUGAGGCCACCACACUGCGUGUGGCUCCCCAGGGUGCAGCCAUGGCUGUCAGCACCUUCCAGAAGCUGGAUGGGAUCUGCUGGCAGGUGCAGCAGCGCUACCGAGACACAGGCGUCCCCGGCCGCUUCCUGCUCCAAGCCCGAGGUGCCCGUGGGGCAGUGGACGUGGUCGUCGGAGAGACAGACUACCAGAGCUUCGCCAUCCUGUACCUGGAGCAGAAGCGGCGGCUGUCGGUGAAGCUGUACGCCCGCUCCCUCCCUCCAAGUGACUCGGCCCUGAGUGCAUUUGAGCACAAGACCCAGAGCGCCAACCUGACCGAGGACCAUAUCUUGUUCUUCCCCAAGUAUGGUUUCUGCGAGGCUGCAGACCAGUUCCACGUCCUAGAUGAAACCAGGUGAGUCCGGGCGGCAGCCCUGGAGGUGGUGGCACCUGCUACCCCGCUCACGGAGCGCCGGCGCCCCACGGGGUCAGGGCCACCCCAUGGGGGACGCUUGCCCUUGUGUGCCCAGAGCUGCUCAUCGCCCAGAGCUCAGGAGCGUUGCCUUCAUUAAACGCUGUCCAUCUUGGCCCCGA